AUGAACUCAGUCAUAUUGGCCAGCACGGGGGAACGUGUCCAUCGAACAAUCACCCUCAGUCAAUCUACACUUCCACGAGAAACUGAUCCUUUGCUAGGUGAAGCAGGUCCUAGAAAUAGAUACCAAUGGGUAACUGAACAUAUGCUUAAACCUAUACGAAACAUAUAUUUUGAUCCUAUAUUUAGGAGUGUACUUAAAUGCUGUAUUGCAUAUUUCAUAUCAUCCUUGGGGGUCUAUUAUACUCCAUUUGACGACUUUUUAGGAACCACUGAUUCCAAACAUGUGGUGGCUACUGUGGUGGUAUAUUUCCAUCCUACCCGAUCCAAAGGAUCCAUGCUUCAAGCGUUGACGUUUGUAUUGCUAUCAGUGGGAUUCAGUUUUGCUGUGUCCUUAGCAUGCCGGUCGGUAGCAGCAGAGAUAUUCCAACUUGGGGCAGAAGGGUUUGGCACGCUUUUGGACUUACUGGUAAGCUCAAUUGCAUUGGGAAUAGUGGCAUUCAUGAAACAUAAAGUUAAUAAGUUGACAUUUAAUACUGCGUGUUCCCUCGCAUGUAUUUCAAUCAUUGCCUGUAUUAUAAAAGAAGGAAGUAUGAAUUCGGAAAUGGUUCCCUUGAACAGAAUUGAGUCGAUAUUCCGGGUUGUUCUUUCAGGAUGUAUGAUUUCCGUUGCAUGUUGUUAUUUGAUAUGGCCCGUGAGUGCCAUAAAUAAGUUGCAAUCUGCGUUAAACGAUUCGUAUAAUAUAUUUGCAUCAGUGUUGUCAAUCCUUGGUAAACGAUUUGUUUCCGGUGAACAAAUCUCAGCUAAAGAUUCAGAAAUGAUUGAAAAGUUAAAGUCGAACAUCAACUCAUUAUUGCAAAACCUCGAAGAAGCCGAGUACGAGUUAAGAUUAUUAGGACGAGAACAGGAGUUUAGGCUUUUCAAGGAAAUGGUGGAUUCUACAAUCUCCCUAGCAAGACAUUUGCAAGCUCUAAGUGCAGCCACCAAGAUGCAAUGGAAUUUGUUACACGAACCGGUUGAUGCGGGUACCGAUAUUAUUUCCAAUGAUGAUAGCCUUGAUCCUACCGACUCGGUGGACUUGUUAGACACAGUUACACCAACACCCCCAGACACUUCAUCCAAUGAAAUACACACUUCGGCACAACUAUUUGAUCUUUUCGUAUACUAUCUUUCACCAUCCAUAAAAUCACUCGUGUUUACUAUCAGAGGCGUAUUGGCAGAAGUUCCCUUUGAAAAAUAUAAUGAAGAAUACCCAGGCCAGUUUGCAAAGACAACAACAUUACAGCACUCAUUAGAGAGUGCAAUCCAUCUCUAUGAAGACAAACAAAAUGAAUCCUUGCAGAGACUAUAUGAUCAGCCUAUAUUCAAACAAAACUCAAACUCGGUGUUUAUAGCAGAUCAGGAAGAAGUGGCGGCCUGUUGUGGAAAUUACUCCUACUUGUUAUCUCAAUUUGCAUUACAAUUGCUAGAAUUCCUUAAAUUAUCGGAGAAAUACGAGGACGCCAAGGCAAGUCCCCGGGAAUGGCCCUGGUUAAGAUGGCAUGGGUGGGAACCACGUGGCAGUGCCACUGAUGAACUCUUGGACCAGGGGAAUAGUCUCCACGCUGCAUUGGAUGAUUUACGUGAUGAGUUUGGAACAAACCAGUAUAGAGAUCCUACCAGGAGCAGUGUAGCUAAUCAUGAUUUCGGUUACAAGAUUUGGAAUAGCUUGAAAGUGUUUCGAAGAACCGACGUACAAUUUGGUAUUCGAGUCGGGUUGGGUGCCGCAUUCCUAUCACUUUUUGCAUACUUGGAUGCUACGAAGGAUAUAUUCAUUACUUGGAGAGGAGAAUGGGCACUUACUAUUUACUGUAUCAUGAUGAAUAAAUCAGUCGGUGGGACGGCCAUGACGGUAAAGUAUAGAAUUAUUGGUACGUUUGUGGGGUGUUAUACUGCAUUGGCCGUAUGGGCACUCACUGAUGCCAACGUGUAUGCCUUGGCUCUAACCGGAUUUUUAAUAUCGAUUCCCUCAUUCUAUUUCAUUCUUUACUGGAAAGUGAAUGGUGCAUUUGGAAGAUUCCUCUUGUUGGCAUACAACUUGACGGCAUUGUACUCGUACAGUAUGCUUCAAAAGGAUUCCGAGGAUGAUAGGGAAGGUGGUGAGAAUCCCUUGAUUGAAGAAAUUGCCUUUCAUAGAUUUGUGGCUGUGUCGGUGGGUAUUGUAUGGGCCAUGACCAUGGCUACUUUGUUCUUGCCCAACAGUGCCAGAGCGAGAUUGAAACGUGGGUUAACGGUAUUAUGGUUGAGAUUGGGUGUUAUAUGGAACAGUGACCCUCUAGAGUACAAUCCUCAGACUAUGAAGUUGGUUGGGUUUAAAGCGGAAGAAGGCACUAACAGUUUAUUGGCAGAAUGUGAAGUGCUUUUAAAGCAAGCACCUUUAGAAUACAGAUUGAAAGGGUCGUUCCCUACCAGUAAAUAUUCCAGAUUGAUUCGGGAUACCUCGGCCAUUCUAGAUGCGUUCCAAAAUCUAGAUUUGUUCAUAAAAGUUGAUCCCACUUUAUCAGAGAAUGAGAAAUAUGUGCUAAAAUAUAUUGAAUUUGAGCGAAAUGAAGUUGAGCACAGAAUAUUCUUGGUGUUCUACAUGCUUGCCAGUGCAAUGAGAUUGGGGUUCCCAGUUCCUGGUAAACCAGCAUCUAUCGAACAUGCCAAAGAUCGGAUGUUGUAUAAGUUGAACCAAAUCAGAAACAAACUGAUACUUGAUGACGACAUGAAUCUUAAAAACACUGACUUUAUUUUGUUGUACUCGUAUAUAUUAGUUGCUUCCACCAUUGCUCAACGACUUGAUAGCAUUCUCAUCCAGAUUAAAGAACUUUUGGGAGAAAUAGCUGAAGAAAAGUUUGUAUUGGUAUAG